AAUCGGUGGCGAAAAGGUGGCCAGGACAAAAAGUCAGGCAGUCUUACAAGUAUAGCUGGCAGUAACGGACGCAAUAUGGAGUUUAAUCCAAGCGAUUCCGCUGGUGGAGGUUCCGCCGAAAUAGUCGGUCAUGAUUCGGCCGAUGCCCUUGAGCAUUCGGCUGAUCAUGGGCCCACACUUGGAAUAGUAUAUUCCACUGGAGACGAUUCAUCUGGAGCUCUUCUGCUCCCGGAUGAACGUAUAGAAGAAGAACUCGAUGAAGGAGAAGAAGCGCACAGUUCUUCAUCCGUUUACGACACUGACCGCUACGUUUGUCGCAGGCAACCGCGUCACACCGCCAUCGUUGGGACGAAAGAUUCCCGGCAUCCGUCGCCGGAGGGACCAACCCGUCAACACGUUGGUCCCAAUUCUAAUCGUGGUCGCCUAUUGCAACGCAUCGUCGCUGAGAGGGAGUGCCGAGCGGCCUACGACCCCCCCUCCCUGUGGGUGAAUUGGCCACGUCACCAACGGCUAUUCAUCGCUGCGAACGCCGAUCGCUUUCCGCCGUCUACGAAGAGCGCAGCAGUACCGGUAGGCGAACAACAGUCGAAUCCACCUUCUUCGAAAGAUAAUCUUUUCAACACCGACUGA